AUGCCUCGUGACCUUCUGCACCCAUCUGCCGCCGAGGAGGCGUCUAAACACAAACUUCGACGUCUCGUACAGUCUCCCAACUCGUACUUCAUGGACGUCAAGUGUCCAGGCUGCUUUAACAUCACCACGGUGUUCAGCCACGCCCAGACGGUCGUAUUAUGCGGAUCGUGCUCCGUUAUGCUGUGCCAGCCUACUGGUGGUAAGGCUCGCCUCACGGAUGGCUGCCAAUACCGAAAGAAGACCGAGAACGAAAGGAAAUCAAGAGAGGAAGUCUUUUCUCUAUCAGGCUGGCUGGAUCAUUAA